GAUCCAGCUGGAUCUCACAUCAAGGGGCAGCGAGGAGAACCAGGGAGAAAAUACUGUUCCUGCUUCUUGAGCUCUUCCCCCACCCCCAGCCCCUCUUCCUUCUCGCCUCCCCAGGCUGCCCCUCAAAAAAAACACACGAGCCAGCGCGCCGCCGGCCGGCUGGCCUCUUGGCUCCGCCUGUGCCAGCAGCCCGACGCGUUUCGCUGCUAGGAGAAGGAGGAGGUGGCGGCGGCGGCGGUUUGCUACUGCAUGUGGCGGAGCUGACCCGGCACUGGGCUGGGAGGAGGAGGAGGAGGAGGCGGAGGAGGACCGGACCGGACCGCCCUCCUUGUCCCUCCCUCCUUCUCCAAGUAAUCUGGGCGCCCGACUUCUCGCAAGCGGCCGAGACGAGGCGUUUGCGCUCUUGGAGACGCGGAACCCGGGCAGCUGCUCCGCCGCGCCACCAUGGAUUCGGAUUCCGGAGAGCUGAGCGAGGGGGAGCUGGUUUCUUCAGCAGGUCCCGAAAACUUCAGUUCAAAGAGCCUUGCGCUGCAAGCCCAGAAAAAGAUCUUGAGUAAAAUGGCCACCAAGACCAUGGCUAACAUGCUGAUUGAUGACACCAGCAGCGAAAUCUUUGACGAGUUAUACAAAGUGACCACGGAGCACAUGAAGAACAAGAAGGAAGCCCACAAAAUCAUGAGGGACUUGAUCAAAGUGGCCAUCAAAAUCGGGAUCCUCUACCGAAACAAUCAGUUCAAUUCCGAAGAGCUGGAGAUUGUCGAGAAGUUCCGCAAGAAGCUGAACCAAGCGGCCAUGACGAUUGUUAGCUUUUAUGAGGUGGAGUACACUUUCGAUAAAAAUGUCCUCUCGGAACUCCUGAACGAGUGCAAAGACCUUGUUCACGAACUCGUGGAACGGCACCUGACAGCCAGGUCUCAUGCGCGAAUCAAUCACGUCUUCAACCAUUUCGCAAAUGUGGAGUUCCUCACUGCCCUCUAUAGCCUUGAUGGGGAAUGCCGACCACACCUCAAAAAGAUCUGUGAUGGAAUCAACAAACUGCUAGAUGAGAAAAUCCUUUGAAACUUUGCCCUUUUUAAAAAAACAAAACAUAACAGCAACUAUACAAGUUUCACUUCAGAAAUGUAACCAGAGAGUUGGGACCAACUGUUAGCUUCCUGUGCAUAAUCCCAAAAGAGAAUGGCCUGGUUUGCACACUAAACCAUGGUUUGUUAAACUACAGUUUCUUUAACCAUGGCUUAGUGUUAUGCAUGAGCCCAGCAGCUUAACUAUGGUUUAUUAACUAUGGUUAAAAGUUGCUUGUUAAGGUUUGUAGUUGCUUUAUAAACCAUGGUUACUGUAAACCAUAGCUUAGUGUUACAUGUGGACGCAGCCCAACACCUCCUCCUUAAUGCUGCUUAUGGAGUCAUCACCGCUCAAAAGGUACACAGCUGUAACUAAAUAGCAGCUCUUCUGGGCUUGUGUCUCUUUGAUAGAGAGAUGUAAUAAACUAAGGCUUAAGUGAC